GCUGCCUCCAGCGUUCCUUUGGAAGCUCUGAAAAAUAGCAUGUGUUCCAGAGGAUGGGAAUGGUGUCUGGCUCUGGAACUGCUCCUGCUGCCUCCAGUACUCCUGGAGACCAGCGUCCAAGAUCACUCAGUCCAUAGGUUGAUGGUGGUCUCUGGCAGCAACGUAAGUCUGCAUAUCCCCGACAGUCUGUCCGAGAAGUACAAACAACUGACUUGGUUUAACACUACCAAACAGAAGAUCUUAGAGUGGGAGUGGGAGUCUGGCGAAACGAAGUACUUUCCUUCUAAAUUCAAGACCAGAAUCGCAUUUAACCCUCAAAGUGGUGCACUGAAUAUCUCUGACGUCCAAAAAGAAGACAGCAGCGACUACCUCGUGAGAGUCUUGAUGGAGUCGGGAACCGAACGUGAAUGGAAAAUCCCACUGGAGGUACUUGACCCCGUGCCCAAGCCUGUCAUAGAAGCUAAGACAAAGAAAGCGGACAACACCUGUUAUCUGACCUUGUCAUGUACAGUACCAGACCAGUCUGUCAACUACAAGUGGUAUGGGGACUCAGGUCCAUUGCUCCAGGAAUUCCAGAGAAGUGUUCUUGAAAUCACCCUUAACCCACAGAACUACUUCAAGUCCUUCACCUGCCAGGUCAGCAACAAUGUGACCAGUGAGAAUGCCACAGUCUACUUCACUUCGUCCUGUGUUCUGGCUCGAUCGUUUGGAGUAACUAGGAUGGCAAGUUGGCUGGUGGUCACGGCACCCCUUGUUCUUGGCCUCAUACUUACCUGAGAUGAACCUUACCAACUCAAGACAGAAACUUCAAGGCCUCAGGAUCUUACCUUCAUCAUCCAUCCUGCUCUUAACCAGGACAGAAGUUCUGGCCAUACUGAAGGAGAGAAAGUGUGUUGUUGAAGCAUCUACCAGGAUUUUCAAAUCUUUAAAAAAAAAACAACUGUGGUUAAUACUUAAUUUCAGAUCCCCUAGCUGCUUAUCGACACACAUAAAUGCUUUCAUUCCACCAAAAGCAUUACCACACUGUGCAAAUGUAUUUUUGUUUGAAUAAACUUUUGAUAUGAUU